GCAAUGUAGCUUUAGAUAAUCUACAGAUAAAAGAAAAUGCUCUGAGUGGAUUGGACGUUCCUUUUAAAGUCAAGGCUGGGCAAAUUGGUAAAUUAGCUUUGAAGAUUCCUUGGAAAAACCUUUACGGAGAAGCAGUUGUUGCGACUCUAGAGGGAUUAUACCUGCUUGUUGUCCCUGGAGCAAGUAUUCAGUAUGAUGCUGAGAAAGAAGAAAAAUCCUUGCAUGAUGUUAAACAGAAGGAGCUUUCCCGAAUUGAAGAAGCCCUUCAAAAAGCAGCAGAGAAGGAUAAGCCUAAAGAAGCCAAAAAGGAUACAUUUUUGGAAAAAUUGGCAACUCAAGUAAUAAAAAAUGUACAAGUAAAAAUCACAGACAUUCACAUUAAAUAUGAAGAUGAUGUCACGGAUCCGGAGCGGCCGCUUUCCUUUGGUGUUACACUGGGGGAGCUUAGUCUGCUGACUACGAAUGAGCACUGGACUCCGUGUGUGUUAAAUGAAGCAGAAAAAAUUAUAUACAAGCUUAUACGACUUGACAGUCUCAGUGCUUACUGGAAUGUGAACUGCCGCCUGUCCUACCAGGGCUCCCGGGAACAGAUCUUGGAUCAACUGAAAAAUGAAAUUCUCACAAGUAGAAAUAGACCCCCAAACCACCAAUACAUUUUCCAGCCAGUAUCAGCCUCUGCAAAACUCUACAUGAACCCUUACGCGGAAGCAGAGCUCAGAACACCCAAACUAGAUUGGAGCAUAGAAGUGCAGAAUAUUGCCAUCGAGCUGACCAAGCCUCAGUACUUAAGUAUGAUUGACCUUUUGGAAUCAGUGGAUUAUAUGGUUAGAAAUGCCCCUUACAGGAAAUACAAGCCUAAUGUACCACUCCAUACCAAUUGUAGACAAUGGUGGAAAUAUGCCAUCGAUUCUGUUCUUGAAGUUCACGUAAGGAGAUGUACACAGAUGUGGUCAUGGUGUAACAUAAAGAAACAUAGAGAGUUACUCAAGAGUUAUAAAGUGGCCUACAGAAAUAAGCUAACUCAGACGAAAGUCUCAGAAGAAGUACAGAAAGAAAUUCAGGACUUGGAGAAGACUUUAGAUGUUUUUAACAUAAUUUUAGCAAGGCAACAAGCACAAGUCGAGGUGAUUCGAUCUGGGCAGAAACUAAGGAAAAAAUCUACAGACACGGGGGAGAAACGGGGAGGCUGGUUUAGUGGGUUUUGGGGUAAGAAGGAAUCUAAGAAAAAAGAGGAAGAAUCAUUGAUUCCUGAAACUAUUGAUGAUCUUAUGACCCCAGAGGAGAAAGAUAAACUCUUCACUGCCAUUGGUUAUAGCGAAAGCACCCAUAACUUGACUUUACCCAAGCAGUACGUUGCCUAUAUAAUGACCCUGAAGUUAGUAAGCACUUCUGUUGUAAUCAGAGAAAACAGAAAUGUUCCAGAAAUACUAAAAAUCCAGGUAAUUGGCCUGGGCACCCACGUAUCUCAGCGACCAGGGGCACAAGCCCUUAAGGUAGAAGCAAAGUUAGAACACUGGUAUAUCACAGGUCUGAGACAGCAAGACGUUGUACCAUCCCUUGUGGCUUCAAUUGGUGACACCGCAUCAUCCUUGCUUAAAAUUGAAUUUGAAACCAAUCCAGAGAACAGCCCUGCCGACCAGACGCUGACUGUCCAGUCGCAGCCCGUGGAGGUCAUCUACGAUGCUAAAACCAUCAAUGCAGUGGUUGAUUUCUUUCAGUCAAAUAGGGGACUGGAUCUUGAGCAGAUAACAUCAGCUACUUUGAUGAAGCUGGAAGAAAUUAAAGAGAGAACAGCUACAGGACUUACACAUAUUAUUGAGACUCGAAAAGUCCUUGAUUUAAAGAUAAAUCUAAAGCCUUCUUACCUGAUAGUUCCACAGACAGGUUUCCACCAUGAAAAGUCAAAUCUUCUCAUUUUAGAUUUUGGUACAUUUCAGCUUAACAGUAAAAAUCAAGCUCUACAGAAGACUACUAAUUCAUCCCUGGAAGAAAUAAUGGAUAAAGCAUAUGACAAGUUCGAUGUUGAAAUAAAGAGUGUACAGCUACUCUUUGCAAGAGCAGAGGAGAACUGGAAAAAGUGUCGAUUUCAGCAUCCAUCCACUCUGCAUGUAUUGCAGCCCAUGGAUAUUCAUGUGGAGCUGGCCAAGGCGAUGGUAGAAAAAGACGUUAGAAUGGCCAGAUUUAAAGUGUCAGGAGGACUUCCUUUGAUGCAUGUGAGAAUUUCUGACCAGAAGAUGAAAGAUGUGUUGUGUUUGAUUAACAGUAUCCCUUUGCCCCAGAAAUCAUCUACACAGUCGCCAGAGAGACAGGUAUCCUCAGUUCCUGUUCCUUCACGGGGGACAGAAAGUCUCCUUGGUACUUCGCUGCUGUUAGAUGGAGUGGACUCAGAGUCUGACGAUGAGUAUUUCGAUGCUGAAGACGGGGCCUCGCAGGCAGCUAAAAGUGUGCAAGGCUCAGAACUCAAAAAAGCUGCAGAGGUUCCGAACGAGGAGCUCAUUGAUCUCCUACUCAAGUUUGAAGUUAAAGAAGUAAUUUUGGAAUUUACUAAACAACAGGAAGAAGAAGAUACAAUUCUGGUAUUUAAUGUUACUCAGUUAGGGACAGAGGCCACGGUGAGGACGUUCGACCUAACUGUGGUGUCUUAUUUAAAGAAGGUCAGCUUGGAUUACCAUGAAAUUCAAGGAUCUAGAAAAAAGCCCCUUCACUUGAUUAGCUCGUCUGAUAAACCUGGAUUAGAUCUUUUAAAAGUAGAGUACAUUAAGGCUGAUAAGAGUGGACCUAGUUUUCAGACUACAUUUGAAAAAACCGAGCAAACAUUUAAGGUGGCGUUUUCCUCUUUGAAUUUGUUGCUACAAACCCAGGCUCUUCUCUCUUCCAUUAACUACCUGACAGCCAUCACUCCAUCAGAGGGGCAGAACACGGGCACCCCCACAGGGGUGGGGGUACAGAUCUCCGCUGAGAAGCAGACAGACUCGUCUCUGCAGAAAGUGAUUGUAUCCUCUAAAGAUAGUGACAUUAUUGGCUUCAGGCUCUUUGCCAAGUUGAAUGCUUUCUGUGUCACUGUUUGCAAUGAGAAGAGCAAUAUUGCUGAAAUCAAGAUACAAGGCCUCGACUCUUCCCUUUCUCUUCAGUCAAGAAAGCAGUCACUUUUUGCCAGACUGGAAAAUAUUAUUGUCACAGAUGUUGACCCUAAGACAGUUCAUAAAAAAGCUGUGUCAAUAAUGGGAAAUGAAGUUUUCCGUUUUCACUUGGAUUUGUACCCAGAUGCGACUGAAGGGGACUCGUAUACUGACAUGUCCAAAGUGGAUGGUGUGGUGUCGCUGAACGUCGGCUGUAUCCAGAUUGUCUAUCUUCAUAAGUUCCUUAUGUCUCUUCUGAACUUCCUGAACAACUUCCAGACAGCCAAAGAGGCCCUGAGCGCGGCCACUGCCCAGGCUGCAGAAAAGGCCGCCACAAGUGUGAAGGAUCUGGCCCAUAGGAGCUUUCGCUUCUCUGUCAACAUUGAUUUGAAAGCACCUGUUAUCGUCAUCCCUCAGUCUUCUGUUUCCACCAACGCUGUCUUGGUGGAUCUUGGUUUAAUCAGAGUUCAAAAUCAGUUCAGUCUUGUGUCUGGUGAAGACUCCGUAAAUCCUCCUGUGAUUGAUACAAUGGAUGUGCAGCUCACAGAACUUAAGCUUUCUAGGACAGUGAUCCAGCCAGGCACCUCCCAUCCUGAUAUUCAGCUGUUGCAUCCAAUUAACUUGGAGUUCUUUGUAAAUCGGAAUCUGGCUGCAAAUUGGUACCAUAAGGUGCCUGUUGUGGAAAUUAAAGGACAUCUUGAUACAAUGAAUGUUAGUCUAAAUCAAGAAGAUCUUAAUGUUUUGUUGAGAAUACUAGCAGAAAAUCUUGGUGAGGCUCCUGAAGACUUAGAUAAAAUGAAACCAAGAGUACCAGAGACAGGUGAAAUCAAAAAGCCCCCUGAAAUCUCUAUAUCACAGAGUUUACAAGCUUCAAAAGAGACUUUAACUGCUGAAAGAGAAGAAAUUAGAUCUGUAGACAUCAUUAAUGUACUGCUGAAUUUUGAAAUUAAAGAGGUUGUGGUUACACUGAUGAAAAAAGCAGAAAAGAGCGUAAGGCCGUUGCAUGAACUAAAUGUCCUGCAGCUUGGAGUGGAAGCCAGAGUUAAAGCCUGUGACAUGACUGCUGAAGCCUAUCUACAACAGAUCAGCAUGCGAUGCUUUGAUUUCACUGACUCUGGAGGAGGCCCUCUGCACAUUGUGAGCUCCUCCCGCGUGACCGAUGAGCCGCUGCUGAGAAUGGCCUUUACCAAGGCAGACAGUGACGGACCAGAGUUUAAAACUGUUCAUGACAAUACCAAACAGAGACUAAAGGUUUCAUUUUCGUCCUUAGAUAUAGUACUUCAUUUGGAAGCUUUGCUUUCCCUUAUGAAUUUUUUGUCAUCGGCUGUUCCAUCCUCUGAGUCUUCUUCUCAGAAAGAAUCUGAGCUCAAACCACUUGUGGGGGAGUCCAGAAGUAUUGCCAUCAAAGCUGUGUCUAGUACUGUUUCUAAAGAGGAUGUGUUCGAUUUAAAGGUCACAGCUGAAUUAGAUGCCUUUAAUGUCUUUGUUUGUGAUCAGAAGUGUGCUAUAGCUGAUAUUAAAAUACAUGGAAUGAACGCCUCUGUUUCUGUGAAGCCAAAACAGACCGAUAUGUUUGCCAGACUUCAAAAUAUCAUAGUUACAAAUGUUGAUUUGCUGUCCAUUCAUAAGAAGGCUGUCUCUAUCUUGGGAGAUGAAGUCUUCAGGUUCCAGAUGACUCUAUAUCCAGGUGCCACAGAAGGAGAGGCCUAUGCUGACGUGUCUAAAGUGGACGGCAGACUUAGUCUCAAAGUGGGUUGUAUUCAGAUCGUUUAUGUUCACAAAUUCUUCAUGUCUCUUCUGAGUUUCCUCAACAACUUCCAAGCUGCCAAGGAAGCUCUGAGCACGGCCACGGUGCAGGCUGCCGAGAGAGCUGCAUCUAGCAUGAAGGACCUGGCUCAGAAGAGCUUCCGCCUCCUAAUGGAUGUGGACUUGAAAGCGCCAGUUAUUAUCAUCCCUCAGUCUUCAGUAUCGCCUAAUGCUGUUGUAGCAGAUCUGGGUUUAAUCAGAGUGGAAAACAACUUUAGCUUGCUUCCGAUGGAACACUACUCUCUUCCCCCCGUCACUGAUAAAAUGAGGAUACAACUCACUCAGUUGAAGCUGUCCAGAACUGUUUUGCAGGCUGGCUCGCCCCAUCAUGAGAUUGAAAUUUUAAAACCAGUAAACAUGCUUUUGUGUAUACAACGAAAUUUAUCAGCAACAUGGUAUAUGCAGAUUCCAGGAAUAGAGAUAAAAGGAAAACUAAAACCUAUGCAGGUUGCUCUCAGUGAAGAUGACUUAACAGUUUUAAUGAAAAUUUUGCUGGAAAAUCUUGGGGAAGCUCCUUCACAGUCAAGCCCUACACUGUCUGCACAGGAGGCUGUGAGAGUGAGGAAAGAUGUUCCCAGUGGACCAGACUACCUGAGAGGACAAGAAGAUUUGACAGACUUAAAACCUUCUGUGGACCAGAAUGUCACACUCCAAUUUGACUUUCACUUUGAAUCUCUUUCCAUUAUCCUUUAUAACAGUGGUAUCAAUCAGGAGUCCCAACUUUCAUUUCAUAACGACAGUUUCUGUCUUGGUGAGCUCAGACUGUAUCUGAUGGCCUCCGCAGGGAAGAUGUUCAAGGACGGCUCAGUGAAUGUCAGCCUUAAACUUAAGACCUGCACCCUUGAUGAUCUCAGAAAAGGCAUUGAGAGAGCAACGUCGAGAAUGAUUGAUAGGAAGAAUGACCAAGAUAACAGCAGUUCUAUGAUUGAUAUAAGUUACAAACAAGACAGAAGUGGAAGUCUGGUUGAUGCUAUUCUUGACAAGCUGUACGUGUGCGCCAGUGUGGAGUUUCUGAUGACUGUGGCGGAUUUCUUCAUCAAGGCUGUGCCUCAGAGCCCGGAAAAUGUGGCGAAAGAAGUACAGAUUCCAUCGAGACAGACUGCCGCAGGGAAGGUCAAGACAGAGAAAGAUGAUUCUGCAAGACGAAACAUGACCCUGAAGGCCAUGAUCACAGACCCGGAAGUGGUGUUUGUAGCCAACCUGACCAGGGCUGAUGCUCCCGCACUGACAGCCUCCUUUCAGUGUAACCUGUCUCUGUCCGCAUCCGGGCUGGAGCAGAUGAUGGAAGCUUCUGUGAGAGAUCUGAAAGUGCUCGCCUGCCCUUUCCUCAGAGAGAAGAGAGGGAAAACCAUUACCACAGUCUUACAACCAUGCUCUUUAUUUAUGGAAAAAUGUACCUGGGCCUCAGGGAAGCAGAAUAUCAAUAUUACGGUUAAGGAAUUUAUAAUUAAGAUUUCACCCAUCAUUCUGAAUACUGUGAUGACAAUCAUGGCUGCUAUGUCUCCAAAGACAAAAGAAGAUGAAUCGAAAGAUCCAUCUAAGGAAAUGGAAAAUCUUUGGGGUGUCAAAUCUAUUGAUGAUUAUAACUCUUGGUUUCUUGGUGUUGACAUGGCAACAGAAGCAACAGAAAGUUUCAGAGAGAUGGAUCAUCCCUCGAUAGAGGAAAAUUGUGCUGUUGCUGUGGAGUCUGUCCAAGUGACUCUAGAAUGUGGCCUUGGGCAUCGAACUGUGCCUUUAUUAUUAGCAGAGUCCAAGUUUUCAGGAAAUAUUAAAAAUUGGACUUCCCUAUUGGCUGCUACCGCUGACAUGACACUGCAGGUUCACUAUUACAAUGAGAUCCAUGCUGUCUGGGAGCCACUGAUUGAGAGAGUGGAGGGGAAGAGACAAUGGAAUUUAAGGCUUGAUGUAAAGAAGAACCCAAUCCAAGAUAAAAGUUUGAUACCAGGAGAUGAUUUUAUUCCUGAACCCAAAAUGGCAGUUUAUAUUUCUUCAGCAGAUACAAUGAAUAUAACAAUAUCUAAAACUUGUCUUAAUGUUUUCAGCAAUUUAGCAAAGGGUUUUUCAGAGGGUACUGCUUCUACUUUUGACUAUUCUUUAAAAGACAGGGCUCCAUUUACGGUCAAAAAUUCUGUAGGCGUUCCCAUUACGGUGCAGCCCGAUCGUAACCUCAGAGUACUGGGCUCCCCAGAGAAAAGUGAUGUUUAUGGCAUAGACGCCGGUCAGAAUUUGGAAUUGGAAUAUGCCAGCCUGGAGCCUUCCUCUCAAGGGAAGCUGUCCAUACUGAGCCGUCAGGAGAGCUCCUUCUUCACUCUUACCUUCGUCCCACAUGGAUAUACGGAAGUGGCCAGCGUCCCUGUGGCCAGACCUGGGCGGCGGUUGUACAACGUGCGGAAUCCCAGUGCCAAUUACUCUGACUCAGUCUUGGUGCAGAUCGAUGCCACCGAAGGGAAUAAAGUCGUCACCCUCCGCUCUCCUCUGCAGAUUAAAAACCACUUCUCUGUUGCAUUUAUUAUCUAUAAAUUUGUUAAGAAUGUUAAGCUAUUGGAGCGCAUUGGAAUAGUCAGACCUGAAGAGGAGUUCCACGUCCCUUUAGAUUCAUAUAGAUGUCAGUUGUUUAUUCAGCCAGCUGGAGGCUUAGAGCAUCAGUACAAAGAGUCUACCACCUACAUCCCCUGGAAGGAGGAGCUGCACAGGAGCCGGGAUGUGAGGGGCAGGCUGCAGUGUCCGUCCGUGCAGCUCAGCUUCCUGCCGCUCAUUGUGAACACGGUGGCUGUGCCUGACGAGUUAAGCCACAUCAGCGCACAUGGGGAAGACUGGAACCCGGCGUACAUCAUUCACCUUUACCCUUCUCUCACGCUGCGGAAUCUUCUCCCGUAUUCUCUAAGAUACUUACUUGAGGGCACGGCAGAUGCUCAUGAGCUAGCAGAAGGCAGUGCAGCGGACGUCCUGCAUUCCCGAAUCAGUGGAGAAGUCAUGGAGUUAGUCCUGGUCAAGUACAUGGGCAGAGAGUGGACUGGACAUUUCCGCAUAUGUGAUACGCUUCCCGAAUUCUUUCUUGUGUGCUUUUCUUCCAACUCCAAAGAAGUAAUGACGGUGGACCUGUCGGUACACGUCAGGCGAGUUGGCAGCCGAAUGGUGCUGUCUGUCUUUAGUCCCUAUUGGUUAAUCAACAAGACUUCCCGGAUUCUCCAGUAUCGUUCAGAAGACAUUCAUAUAAAGCACCCAGCUGACUUCAGGGACAUCAUUUUAUUCUCUUUCAAGAAGAAGAAUAUUUUUAGUAAAAAUAAGGUACAAUUAAAAAUUUCAACUAGUGCCUGGUCCAGUGGUUUCUCAUUGGAUACUGUGGGAAGUUAUGGGUGUGUGAAAUGUCCUUCCAACAAUAUGGAAUACCUGGUCGGGGUGAGCAUCAAAAUGAGCAGCUUCAAUCUCUCGCGGAUCGUCACUCUGACUCCCUUCUGCACUAUUGCAAACAAGUCCUCACUGGAGCUGGAAGUCAGCGAGAUUGCAUCUGAUGGCUGUGUGCCAACUAAUAAAUGGAACUAUAUUGCUUCUUCAGAGUGCCUUCCAUUUUGGCCUGAAAAUCUGUCAGGCAAACUUUGUGUGAGAGUAGUGGGCUGUGAAGGAUCUUCCAAACCAUUCUUUUAUAACCGACAAGAUAAUGGCACUUUAUUGAGCUUAGAAGAACUGAAUGGAGCUAUCUUGGUGGAUGUAAACACUGCAGAACACUCGACUGUCAUAACCUUUUCUGAUUACCACGAGGGGUCUGCGCCUGCCCUCCUGAUAAACCACACACCGUGGGACAUCCUCACUUACAAGCAGAGUGGAUCUCAGGAGGAAUUAGUGCUAUUGCCAAGACAGGCUCGACUUUUUGCCUGGGCAGAUCCUACUGGCACCAGGAAACUUACCUGGACGUACGCAGCGAAUCACGGGGAGCAUGCUCUGUUGAAGGAUGAAUGUGGCCAGUUUCCAUACGACGCAAACGUCCAGAUACACUGGGUAUCAUUCCUCGAUGGCCGCCAGAGAGUCCUGCUUUUCACAGAUGAUGUGGCCUUGGUUUCCAAAGCGCUGCAGGCAGAGGCAAUGGAGCAGGCUGACCACGAAAUAACCUUGUCCCUGCACAGCCUUGGGCUCUCACUGGUUAACAAUGAAAGCAAGCAGGAAGUUUCAUAUAUUGGAAUAACCAGUUCUGGUGUUGUCUGGGAAAUGAAACCAAAACAUAAAUGGAAGCCUUUUAGUCAAAAGCAGAUCCUCCUGCUGGAGCAGUCCUACCAGAAACAUCACGGCUCCCGGGACCACGGCUGGGUGAAGCUAGAGAAUAAUUUUGAGGUCAAUUUUGAUAAAGUUCCCAUGGAGAUGCGUCUUCCUAUUCGGUGCCCUAUCAAACGAGAUUUUCUAUCAGGAAUUCAGGUUGAAUUUAAGCAGUCGCCCCAUCAGAGGAGUUUAAGGGCCAGGUUGUACUGGCUACAGAUUGAUAAUCAGUUACCAGGUACAAUGUUCCCUGUUGUAUUUCAUCCUGUGGCUCCUCCAAAGUCCAUUGCUUUGGAUUCAGAGCCCAAACCUUUCAUUGAUGUGAGUGUCAUCACCAGAUUUAAUGAAUACAGUAAAGUUUUACAGUUCAAGUAUUUCAUGGUCCUCAUUCAGGAAAUGGCCUUAAAAGUGGACCAGGGCUUUCUUGGGGCUGUUGUUGCCCUGUUCACCCCAGCAACUGACCCUGAUGCUGAAAGCAAACGGACACAGUUACUCCAACAAGAUAUCGAAGCUCUAAAUGCAGAAUUAAUGGAGACGUCAAUGACUGACAUGUCGAUUCUCAGUUUCUUUGAACAUUUCCACAUUUCUCCUAUUAAGUUGCAUUUGAGUCUGUCUUUGAGUUCUGGAGGUGAAGAAUCAGACAAACAGGAAAUGAUUGCGAUUAAUUCAGUCAACCUGCUGCUGAAAAGCAUAGGUGCCACUCUGACCGAUGUGGAUGACCUUAUAUUCAAACUUGCUUACUAUGAGGUGCGGUACCAGUUUUACAAGAGAGACCAGCUUGUGUGGAGUGUGGUCAGGCACUACAGCGAGCAGCUCUUGAAACAGAUGUAUGUCCUUGUGUUGGGCUUAGAUGUGCUUGGAAACCCAUUUGGAUUAAUUAGAGGUCUGUCUGAAGGUGUUGAAGCGUUUUUCUAUGAACCCUUCCAGGGUGCUGUUCAAGGUCCUGAAGAAUUUGCUGAAGGGUUAGUGAUUGGAGUAAGAAGUCUCUUUGGACACACGGUAGGUGGCGCAGCAGGAGUUGUAUCUCGAAUCACCGGUUCUGUUGGGAAAGGUUUGGCAGCGAUUACAAUGGACAAAGAAUAUCAGCAAAAACGGCGAGAAGAGAUGGGCCGACAGCCUAAAGAUUUUGGAGAUAGCCUGGCCAGAGGAGGAAAGGGCUUCCUGCUGGGAGUGGUCGAUGGAGUGACUGGAAUAAUAAAAAAGCCUGUGGAAGGUGCCAAAAGAGAGGGAGCUGCUGGAUUCUUUAAAGGGAUUGGAAAAGGGCUCGUGGGUGCUGUGGCUCGUCCAACGGGAGGGAUUGUGGACAUGGCCAGCAGCGCCUUCCAGGGCAUUCAGAGGGCAGCGGAAUCAGCCGAGGAAGUGUCGAGCCUCCGCCCUCCUCGCCUGAUCCAGGAGGACGGCGUCAUCCGUCCGUACGACAGGCAGGAAUCGGAGGGCUAUGACUUGUUUGAGAAUCACAUAAAGAAGUUGGAAGGAGAGACUUACCGGCACCACUGUGCAGUUCUUGGAAGCAAGGGAACGGUCUUCAUGGUUACAAACAGGCGAGUGCUGUGCCUUAAGGAAGUGGAAAUCUUAGGCCACGUGUUCCUAGAGUGGCAGCAUCCAUUUGAAGAUUUCGUACUUCCUCCUACUGUGAAUGAGAAUCUGCUUCAGAUUUCAGUUAAGCAGGAGCAAGGUCUGUUCCAGAAAAAAGAUGAUGCCAGUCCAGGCUGUCUUCGGAAAAUUUACCUGAAGGAUAAUGCCACAGCACAGAGAGCCCUUCGUGCCAUUGAAGAUGUGCAGUCAAGGAGACACCAGCAGAAUCUGAUGAAGCGGGCGUCGGUGAGACUUCUCAGGUCCCAAGUGCCGUCGUAGCCACAGCGCCCGGAGAGCUGGUCCUGGAGCAGAAAAUCACCCUUCUGUGUCACGCUCAAGAGGAGGUGUCGGCAGUUGUUUAGUUUUAUUAUUUUAGAGUAGUUAAUACUGGAUUCCCCUUUGGAGCUUUUAGUUUUGCCUGUUGAUUUUGUGAUUAUGUGUAUAUUAGUCCACCUGUAGACUGCCACCGGAGUGGGUCCGACUCGCAAAGAAAUACCUCUUCAGACUUGGGCUGAAAUUUUCAUUCACGUAGGAAGCAAAAGGCAGCCAGUUUAUUUUUAAAGUCUGCUAAAGAACGAGUUUAGAAUGACUGGUGUGCUCUGGAAGAUUUUAGCCAAAUGCUGAACACUUUAACACUUUUUAAAGGUAAUUUGCCCAGUAAUUGAAUCAACAGAACAUUUCUGCUAAACCAGAUCACUGACUGAGGAAAAGCCUCUACAGGGAGAAACGACAUGUGUGUUUUUUCUUUUUUUUUUUUCCUCUUUCACAGAACCAUGCUUUCCUCCUAAUUGCACAAGUGUACCUUUGCUGCCUUUCUUCUGUGCGCUAUGAAAAAGGAAUAUUGGCAGUCAGACCUUGGAACGGUUGCACUCAGUUGUCUGUAAUGUAAGACUCACAGAGUCUGGAAAGUUAUUUACCUGCUGUUUCAAGAGAGCUCAUAUGGUACAGUUGUAAUUUGCUGAUAAAUGAAAAUACCGCACUUUAAGACUUUUGGGACUCAGAAAUAUGUAAAAUGCAAUAUUUUUGUAUUUCUAGAAGUUAAAAGACUUGUAAGAGCAUCACAAAUUUACAUUUGACUCUAGUGCUUCACUUACAAAUGCUUUUUAAAUAGUGGGGAGAGUGAAAAAUCUCUAUUGCUUUCUAUAAAUGUAAAGUACAGGUUUAUAUAACAAUGCUGGACAGGAAAUGUUACAUGUGUUCCUUGAGCAGGUGUAAGGGCUUAAGUUCAAGACAAUAUAUUUUUGUCCUUUCUGCCUCUCCCUUCAGAGGCAUAUUCUUCAAACUUUUAAGAAAGGUAUUUUCUUUGGGUGGACCUUAAGGGUUACUUAUGGUGUUGAACAUGGAAUUUAUUUCAAACUGCUGAGUCAGUGGUGAGUGAUGUGGGCAAACUUGAUCUUGCCUGUUUUUGUUGAUGUGCGGCGGUGGGUCUGUGAGGGCUCGUGUGCCUUCAGGCCUGGCUGUAGAGCUGGACAUGUUCCGGGGUCAGAGGAGAGAUGCCGUGACUAAAGCCCCGGAGGUCUGGUGUCUGAUAGUCCUUGCCUUUUCAUCACUGCCUGUUUUAAGUUCUGUGAAUAAAAGUGAUACACAUAUAUAAAACUUCUACCUUCAAAAACCAAAUUUCUGUGGUAAUGGUUAGUUGCCAUUUAUUAAAACAAGGCAGUUUUAUAGCAUGUGUUCUACUGUUUUGUGCCUUAAAAAAUGACUUCAUCAGGAACUGGAAAUAAUCUGAUUAUAUUUUUCAUAUCAAUCAGAACUGUUGACAGUGUUCUAAAUAUUUAAGAAAUUAUAUUGCACUGGUAGUAUGUUCUGUAAAUGGAUGUACAGACACUGAACCAAGAGAAAUGGUAGACAUCUGUAAGCUCAUUAUUUUAGUUGGCUUAGAAACGAAUUUCCUAAUAUUGUAACAUUUUUAUUGAUUUAAUCCCCUGGAAAAGAAAUAAUCUGUUGGUAAAGUGUAGUAAGGCCUGGCAUAUUUUAAAAAAUGCUUUCAAAAUCCAUUAUUUGGGUAUAAAUUCUGAGAAAAAUAAAAAAUUUGAAGGCUUGUUUACAGAUAUGCAAACUUGAGUUUAUCUUAAACACUCACGUAACAUUUAAUUUUAGUUUGUUUCUCCCUUUUCUUCUUCCAGUUCUACAGUAGUGCAAAGUUAGGUUAAUAGUUAUCUAACUUUGAAAGGUGCUAUUCAGGGAAGCUAUUUUUUCCGGAGCCCUCUGACACGUCAAGGGUCUGUGGCACAGACCCGGCAUAGGGGCCGCAGAGAAGGGGCCUUCGCUGCACUGUGAAGCCCAUUGCUGUUUGCACUGAGCUGGCACUUCCCCUGGGCCCUCAGCACCCGCGGGCCUGCUCUGGGAGAUGCAGCCUCCUGACCAUCCACUUCGGCGGGAAGACCUCCCGGUGGCCGUGCAGAGCCUGCUUACACCGCGUGGCGGUCUAGCAUGCUUCUCCCGGGCUCUUGCUUUCCUUUCCCUUGCUUCCUUCCGCUCAUCCUCCCUCAGUUUUUCUUUCCCGUCUUUCCCCCAGGGGCUUAGACUGCAAGCCUGCAGGCUCCCCCAGUAGGGGAUCAUCCAGUGGGAAGCAGAGGCGCUCAGCCUCACGCCAGAGUCUAAAAGAGCAGAAGGAUCAGAAUGGAGAGAACAGAAAGUCAGAAAAGCACAUUCAGGCUUGGUAAGGAAGGCCUCGUCCGGCAGAGCCUUCCUUACCUAUGUUCCGUUUGUUAGUGUUGCUUACAUUUUGAACGAUGUGUGAGCGGGAUGCUGCGGUUUUGAUGCUUGGAGCUCUAAAGGUCUUCAUCUGCUGCUGCCUGGACAUCUGUGUUUUUAACAGGGCUCCUUACUUGUUUCUGUGGUGUGGCCAGAUCUAAAAAAGUAAUGUUCUGAGCUUAAAAUGAACUCUCAUAGAGCUCUGUGGAUGUCAGUGCUGUUUAACAUAGAGUUACAGUUCCUGCCCAAGCUCCAAGAACUGUUUGUAUUGGAGAGAAAACCAGGAUUCUUAAAGGUUAAAAUGUUGCUGGUAGCCAGAAUUGUCCGUCCCCAGGGGAGAAGCCCUCUUGGUUGAAAAGCACCGUCCUCGUGUCCCCUCCUGCUGUGGAAGCAGGUGCUGUGCUUUGUGGGCUCUGGAAGGGACUGAGGGGAGUCCUCUUGCGGAGAGAGCACACUGCUCUUGGGGACCCGGCCUCCAGUGGGUGAGGUCAGCCUCAGCUCUGAGUUCAUACUCGGAAGCACCCUCAGUUACAAGUCUGUGUCAUGCAGGUAACCAACACUGUGGGUUCCUUUGAACUGAAGAUUCAUUGUUAUUUUGUGUUCAUACACUGCCUCCAAAAUUCAAAAGUUAAAAACCCCUAAAAUGCAAAGGACUCUUCACGAUUUGAAGCAAAGGCACUUGGCAGUAGAAUCGGAGCUGAGCUGAUGUGCGGUUAUUCAUGCCUAAUAGCUAAUGGUGCAAACAAGUCUGGCUGCAGAGAAGUUAGCACAGUUGACGGUGGAGUGCUGCUCCGGACUUCAGUGCAGCGAAGCGCAGUCCGCAGGGUGUGUGAGGGCUGCGGCCUUUCUCAGGCUCGGAGUUCCGUGUUCUGCAGCACAUCCGACUCCAUGUUCGGGGACGAGAGUGCCGUGUGGGUCGUCGAGCUGCGUGGUGAACGUUGGAUUCAGCAGUGUUUGUUGUAGUAAGAGUCACUUGUCGUCAUCCCUCCGCGCAGUGCUGCCCCUCGCCUUGAGCACACCUGUCCGGCUGCCUUGCCGCUUCCCUCUGAAGCAUUGUUGGAGUCCUCUUCGGCGAGCGUCUUUCUGAGGUGUGAUCGUGAGUGCUGCCACCGCCAGGGACGUCCAGUGGAGAGGCGGGCUUGCAUGUGUCCCCAUCCGCCUCACCCACUGGACCUGGUGCCGCGGGACUUCAGCUCAUCCUGGAAACAUCUGUGAAAGGCAAACGUUCUGGCAGCUGUGACAGUGCAGCUCUGUACGCUCGGUAAAGAUGAACUGCUGCAGAAAGUGCGAAGGAUGAUAAUGUCAGGGUGCUCAAAGGGAGGGGGCGGUAUUUGGAGGUGGGUUAAAGCCGGUGUAUCUUUUACUGGAAUAAAAUAUUUUAAAAUUUAA